AUGGUCGUUGGCUUGUUCCCUGAGAUGGGCAAUUUGAUUGCAAACCAGUCGUCUACUCAACGCACAGCCACUAACCCACCGCUACGUACUACUACGCUCCCCAGUAACGCACUGAUGAUGUCACCUCGAUUGAUGACGAAACGUUUGCAAUCAAACUGUCCAGCUCAUCGAACAAGCCAACGACCAUCUACGCUACCUGAGCUAACGGCCAUCUCGCUACCUGAGCUACUAAUAUUUUCCUCUAUAGAGAAGCUGAUAGCAACACUACUCUCUCGAAUCAACCAAUGCCUACUACUGAAUGACGAGUACCAGAAUGCGUUCCAUCAUGUCAGAGAUAACCUGAAGUUGAAUCCUUCUGGCCGGCAAUUUGAUUUUAGUGAAAACUACAUUUUCGGGAAAUUCGACACGUACUGCAAUCGGCUGAGAAAACUCGUGCGACUGUUGGAUCUUAUGGAUAAGUUUGCAGUCUUGAAUGAUUUGAAAGUCGAGGGGAUCGAGACUAUUGUGCUCCGAUACAAAUCACUCUGUGAAAAUAUGAACAAGAAGAGUUUCGAUGGAGUGGACCAAAAUCGUAGAGAUUUUGAAAAGGAGCUUGACGGUUUCAAAGGACAGUUUGACUUGAUCGAACAACAGCUGAAGGAGUUUUUAGAUCAGUGGUUCUCUAAACCCUUCUCGGUCGAACGUCAGCUUGCCAUGUUGGCGAAAUUUCACAAACUUGAUUUUUGUCACUUGGGCCUCCCGGAGAAGUAUAUGUUGGUGCUGGACAACUAUAUGGCCGAACUGAAUGCCAUCCGACAUUUGUACGAGCAGCAAAAGGUUGAUCCACCUAUUGCGCGCAAUAUGACUCCGAUAGCUGGAAAAAUAUAUUGGGCACGGCAUCUUUACACUCAGAUUGAUGUACCAAUGCAACAGCUCAAAGAACACAGUUCAGAAAUACUCUUGACGCCAGAAGGCCAAAAGUGUGUGAGGCAGUUUAACAGAAUUGCGAGUGCACUUGUGGAGUUCGAAGUUCUUUACCACCAUCACUGGUGCAACUCGGUCGAACAACUACACACUGGACUCUCAUCCUCAUUGUUAACCAGAGACCCCGACUGCAGCAGCACGCUGUUUGUAAAUUUCGAUAUGGGUGUUUUGGAAUCGAUUUGUGAGGCGAGAUACAUUCAGGCUCUGGGUCUAACCAUUCCACGUGCUGCGGAACGACUGCUCAUGCAAGAACAUGAAAUCAAGCAACGUUACUCCGUCUGCCAUGCCACCAGAAGGAAGCACGAGGGCUGGGCUACUGUCAGGAUUUUCAAGCUUAGAGAGGGGGUGUCGGAAAGCAGAGCUCGGGUUCAAACCACGCCAUGCGUUGCAAAUAAGCGCUCAGCUGUAGCCCCCUUUCGGUGCCUAGCUGCCAUGCCACCAGAAGGAAGCACGAGGGCCGGGAUACUGACUGAAAUGGUCAAUGGCACAAAUAAAGCAUUUGAUGCCGUACCAUCUACGCUGCUCCCGCUGUUCCAGCCUUAUAUUGAACGGGUUCACAAAGCCCUUGCUCCUGGUUUGAUCAUGCUCAGUUGGUCAUCAACCAAUAUUGAUGACUACGUAAACAAGGUCAACGAGGAGCUGGCUGCGUUCCAACUACUAACCAAACGCUGCGUGGACAUUCUGCAGUGUCGUAUCGAGGGUGUGCUCAAGGCUAUGAGGACGACAAACUUGUGCGAGUUAGUCACAGACGAGGCAAUAACUUUAGAUCAGUUCAUUCAAAAUGCCCGUACCACUACCAAGCUUGCCGGAGAAUCGUUGGCAAGACAAAGUAGUCUUGUGGAAUGUGCGCUCAGUGAUCUUGUCGAAUUGCUCAAGGAAAAUCUAACUACAGAACAAAGAACGAACCUGUCGGCGGAAGAAGGUUAUGAAUGUAUUCCCAACGGGACGAGGAAGAGUCGGUGUCUCGAAUGUCUGCCAUGUGCUUACUUUACUUUUCUCAGUCACGUUACUCAGAAAAAUACCGACGCCCUGAUCCGUAACUCUGUCCCCCAGCUAACGUCAACCUACAUGAACUCAAAUUGGACAGAUAUCGACAGAUACACUCAUUUGCAUAUCAACUGGGUUUUCACAAAAGACGCUACUGAAUUUCUCUUCCAUGAUAGUGUCAGAUCUACACUAGAUGCUAUCAGACUCCGGUUGCAACCAAAACAAACUUCAUAUCUACGUACAGCGGAGCCGGAGGUUUCCGUGCCUCUAUUCAAAGUCGACCUGACCUUGACAAUUCCAAAUGUAACUAUAAAGCCAUCCAUUGAGGAACUGCAAACCGGACUAAGCACGGUCACAAAAGGCAUUCUUCGUGCCCCAGAGGCUGUUCAACCGUGGCAGCACAUGUUGAUGUGCCAAGAGCAACAACAGCGAGUAAGUUUCCGACAGCUGAUUCUCCGCUUCAUCCACACAUUGUUGACUCCAUUUGCUGUUCGUAUAUUGCUAAUCUCAUUUCCAUCGUUUUCUUUUUCGAUUGUUCAGGAGAUGAAACGGUUAUCUGAAAAAGCUUUGGAACAAAAGAAGCAUACUCAAUCCACCAUAAAACCUCUGCAUCGCAUCAUUGCCGAACACAAGGAGGUGCUAAAGCUGGUGGGGCAACUCAACGGCGUAUUCAAUGCCUGCAAGGAGGAAGUUAACCAGUUUAUACAAUCUCAUUCGAAGUAUUCAGAAUUGUGGACUUCAGACCCGCAAAUUAGAGUAGAAGAAUUCAUGAAGACCAACCCGAAUUUAUCGGAUUUCGAUACCCGACUGCACCACUACUUGCGCCUGGAGCAAUCGAUCAAAUCCAUACCGUCCGCUCGACCGGUUGAAGCAUUACUGAUUCAAACAGACGAGUUUAAAAGCGGUCUCAUUCGUGAAUGUCAGCUCUGGCGGCGCUGUUACGGGUCCGCGCUUAAUCAGCGAUGUGCCGCGCAAAUGAGCAAGACCUUGGAACUGUUCGACAACCUGUCAAAACGGUUGAGCCGUCCAGUAAACGAUCUAGAUGAUGUGCGUGAACAAAUGGCUGUUUUAUCGGAAUUACGGGAAGCAGAAGUGCAAAUAGACAUGACAAUCAGCCCGAUUGAAGAAUCAUAUGCGCUACUGAGCCGUUACGAUAUUUACUUCAACGAUGGUAAUGCAGAGCGUGUGGAUAGCUUGUCUUAUGGAUACUCCAAACUUCGACAGCAGAGUCGAGAAGUGCAGGACAUACUUCUGCAGGUUCAACCCAAAUUUGAAUUGGAAUUGAUCGAGGGUGUCAAACUGUUCAAAGAAAAUCUCGAUAACUUCGUAAUGGACUAUGAUACCAAAGGUCCAAUGGAACCAGGAAUAGCUCCUCGGGAAGCAUCUGAUCGUAUGAGCCUGUUUCAAGCUAACUUUGAUGAACUGUAUAACAAGUACGUAACCUAUUCAGGUGGCGAGGAGCUAUUUGGUAUGCCGAUCACGGAAUAUCCAGGACUACAUCGUAUACGACGUGAACUGAGUCUACUACAAAAAUUGUACCAGUUGUACAACACCGUUUUGGACACCGUCUCUGGAUAUUACGAUUUGCCGUGGGCCGAUGUCAAUAUAGAAUCCAUUAAUCAGCAGCUGCUGGAAUUUCAGAAUAAAUGCCGAAAAUUACCCAAGGCAUUGAAAGAGUGGAAGGCAUUCGAAGAGUUGAGCAAGACUAUUGAUGACUUCAAUUUAACCUGUCCGCUGCUGGAAAUGAUGACAAACAAAGCCAUGGGGCCGUCCCACUGGAAGCGAAUCGAGGAUCUGACCGGGCACAAAUUUAAUGUGCAAUCAGAUAGCUGUUUGUUGCGCAAUAUCAUGGAAGCCCCCUUGCUGCAGUUCAAGGAAGAUAUAGAAGAUAUCUGCAUUGCCGCAGUAAAGGAGAGGGAUAUAGAAGCAAAACUAAAGGCUGUGAUAAACGACUGGGCUGCCCAAAAUCUGCACUUCUCAUCAUUCAAAACACGUGGUGAACUGCUUUUGAAAGGUGACUCUACUACCGAAGUUAUCUCACUAAUGGAAGAUUCGCUCAUGGUUCUUGGUUCACUCCUGUCCAAUCGGUACAACGCUCCGUACAAAACUAAAAUACAAGAAUGGGUUCAGAAGUUGACGUUAACCUCAGAAGUUUUAGAAAACUGGAUGAUCGUGCAAAACCUGUGGGUUUAUCUGGAAGCUGUGUUUGUGAGUGGAGAUAUUGCAAGGCAACUUCCUCAGAGUAGCCUAAAGUCCUUACUUUCAGAAGUACAAAUGAUCCUUCAGGGGAGUCACCUCCAUAAUAAUAUUCACCGAUGUUUACCUUAUUUCUCUUUACUUUCACAGGAAGCCAAACGUUUUAGUAACAUUGAUAAAAGUUGGCAGCGCAUCAUGCAAAGAGCUCACGAGAUUCCCAAUGUUAUCAGCUGCUGCGCUGGUGACGACAUCAUGGGGCAGAUGCUUCCUCAUUUGCUGGAACAGCUGGAAUUGUGUCAAAAAUCACUCACCGGCUAUCUGGAAAAGAAGCGCUUAGUUUUCCCCCGAUUCUUUUUCGUUUCUGAUCCGGCUCUUUUGGAAAUCCUUGGUCAAGCCUCUGAUUCGCACACGAUCCAGGCUCACUUGCUUGCCAUUUUCGACAAUACUAAGACAGUGACGUUCGAUGAGAAAGUUUACGACAAGAUACUGGCAGUGAAUUCACAAGAGGGCGAAACGAUCCAACUGGAUCCACCAGUUAUGGCACAGGGUCAUGUUGAAGUGUGGCUUGGGGAUUUGCUGCGUGUAUCUCGCCAGUCACUGCAAGCAGUCAUUCGUGAUGCAUAUUUCGCUCUUAACGAAACUCCGUUCGAUCUACUUGAAUUUGAGCGAACCUUCCCUGCUCAGGUGGGACUGCUGGGUAUCCAGCUGCUGUGGACACGAGAUGCGCAGCUAGCGUUGCAACAAGCUAAAUAUGAUAGGAAGCUUAUGCAGACGACCAAUGCGUCGUUCUUGAGCUUACUGAAUCAGCUGAUCAGUGUUACCACGCAAGAUCUAUCGAAAAUAGACCGAGUCAAAUUUGAAACUCUGGUCACAAUUCACGUACAUCAGCGGGACAUUUUUGACUCUUUGGUCAAGAUGAAUAUCAAAUCACCGAAGGAUUUUGAAUGGCUCAAACAAUCACGCUUCUACUUCAUUGAAGACAGCGAACAAUGUUUGGUCAGUAUCACGGAUGUGAACUUCAUCUACCAGAAUGAAUUCCUCGGUUGCACCGAUCGACUUGUGAUCACCCCGCUAACCGACAGGUUAGUGUCCUUGGGAAUGUCAUUGGGUGGCGCACCAGCCGGUCCAGCAGGAACAGGGAAAACGGAGACCACCAAAGAUAUGGGUCGAUGCUUGGGCAAAUACGUAGUGGUGUUCAACUGCUCCGACCAGAUGGACUACCGCGGUCUAGGUCGCAUUUACAAAGGAUUGGCCCAGUCCGGCUCUUGGGGAUGUUUUGACGAGUUUAACCGAAUUGAACUGCCAGUGCUUUCCGUGGCAGCUCAGCAAAUUGCAAUCGUUCUGACUUGCAAGAAAGAGCGGAAGUCACAGUUCAUCUUCACCGACGGAGAUGUGGUGGACUUGGAUCCGGAAUUCGGGAUUUUUCUGACGAUGAAUCCCGGUUAUGCUGGCCGCCAAGAAUUACCAGAAAACCUGAAGAUCAAUUUCCGCACCGUGGCCAUGAUGGUACCAGAUCGAGCGAUUAUCAUGCGUGUAAAGCUGGCCGCCUGUGGCUUCCUCAACAACAUAGACUUGUCCAAGAAGUUCUUCACCUUGUACAAACUGUGUGAAGAACAGUUGUCCAAGCAGGUCCCUUCGCGUCCGUUUUUUUUUAUCGCCACUUCUCACUAUACUGUUUCUGAACAGGUUCACUAUGACUUCGGUCUUCGAAACAUUCUGUCGGUGCUUCGCACGCUUGGAGCUUCGAAACGGGCAUCACCUCAGGAUUCGGAAACAACGAUUGUGAUGCGUGUCUUACGCGACAUGAACCUAAGUAAACUGGUUGACGAAGACGAACCCCUUUUCAUGUCACUCAUUCUCGAUUUAUUCCCUGGCAUCAAUUUGGAAAAGAAAGGUCACCCAGAAGUAGAGGCUACGCUAGCAAAGCAAGUUGAUCAACUUGGGUUGAUUUAUCAUCCACCAUGGGUAUUGAAGUGCAUACAGCUAUAUGAGACCCUACUGGUCCGACAUGGCAUGAUGACCUUGGGUCCUUCUGGAGCAGGAAAGACAAAAUGUAUCAACGCUUUGAUGAAAACGUUGACAGAAUUGGGUGAACCACAUAGAGAAAUGCGCAUGAACCCGAAGGCAAUCACUGCAGCACAAAUGUUUGGCCGUUUAGACGUGGCAACCAACGACUGGACGGAUGGUAUCUUCUCAACGCUGUGGAGGCGGACACACAAGUUGAAAAAAGGGGAACAUGUGUGGCUCAUUUUGGAUGGACCAGUGGAUGCUAUCUGGAUUGAAAAUUUGAAUUCCGUCUUGGACGAUAACAAGACUUUGACAUUGGCAAAUGGAGAUCGGAUUCCGAUGGCUGUGAACGCAAAGAUCUUGUUUGAAGUGCACAAUAUUGACAACGCAUCACCGGCUACAGUGUCUCGUAAUGGAAUGGUCUUUAUGUCGAGCUCGGUGAUGACGUGGGAGCCCAUAGUUAAAGGCUGGUUGCGUACGCGGUCCUCACUAGUGAGAGAUAAGAUUUAUGCGACCUUUGACGGAUUCUUCGAGGAGGCACAUCGAUAUGUGACGCAGAGUUUGGGACCAAAAAUGCAAACUCUCCAGUGCAAUUAUAUUCGGCAAGCGAUCGAUAUAUUUGAAGGACUGUUAAUGGAUUUAGAAGAAAAGGAUCUGAAUGGUCCACAUCUCGAGCGACUUAUCACAUUUUCCGCAAUGUGGGCUCUGGGAGGCCUGCUUGAAUUGGACGAUAGGUUAAAGUUACAGCAGCAUUUGGAGAAGAACGGCCGACUGCCUCUUCCCCGGUGUGGUCCUAAUGAUACUAUUUUCGAAUUUGUGGUAGAUCAAAAAGGAGAAUGGGUACAUUGGGAAACCCGCGUUCCGUUGUACACCUACCCGACGGAUCAGACACCCGAAUACACCGGUAUUUUGGUUCCAAAUGUGGACAACACCAGGACUGAUUUCCUUGUGGAUAUUAUAGCGAAACAGGCGAAACCAGUCCUGCUAAUAGGCGAACAGGGAACUGCAAAAACUGUGAUCAUCAAAGGUUACUGCAGCAAAUAUGAUCCAGAGGCACAUAUAUUCAAAACAAUCAACUUCUCCAGUGCCACAACACCAAAUAUGUUCCAACGCGCAAUCGAGAGCUAUGUGGACAAGCGUGUGGGUACCACGUACGGCCCAGCUUCUGGAAAGAAGAUGACGGUUUUUAUUGACGAUAUCAACAUGCCUACCAUCAAUGAGUGGGGUGAUCAGAUUACCAACGAGAUAACAAGACAAAUGAUUGAAAUGUCUGGAUUUUAUAACUUGGACAAACCGGGAGACUUUACGACAAUUGUCGAUAUCCAGAUGGUUGCGGCCAUGAAUCACCCUGGAGGUGGACGAAAUGACAUUCCACAGCGUCUGAAGAGACAAUUCAGUGUGUUCAACUGCACCCUUCCAAGUAAUGCCUCGUUGGAUAAAGUAUUUGGCACCCUUUGUCUCGGUCACUUUUGUACUGAACGUGGAUUCACUGAGUCGGUUAUUGAUACUGCCCAAAAAUUGAUAGGUGCCACGCGAAAGGUGUGGCAGCGUGUCAAAAUCAAAAUGCUCCCAACUCCGGCGAAGUUUCACUAUGUCUUCAAUUUGCGUGACGUGAGUAGGAUCUGGCAAGGAAUGCUGAGUACAAGUUCCGAGGUGAUCAAUUCACCCCAGACACUACUUGCACUUUGGAAGCAUGAGUGUACACGUGUGAUUGCCGAUCGAUUCACUGAGCCGGCAGAUAGGAAAUGGUUCGACAAAAUGCUUCAUGAAGUUGGAUCAGAAGAGUGUCCAGGUCUUAUCACACCUUCGACUUGGGAAGAACAUUAUUUUGUGGACUUCCUACGUGACGCGCCUGAAGCAACUGGUGACGAAGCGGAAGACGUGGAUCUGGAGGCCCCUAAAAUCUACGAGGCAAUCGAGAGUUUCCAGCAGCUUGAGAGUCGUCUCACAAUGUUCAUGAAUCUGUACAAUGAAGCAAUUCGUGGAUCAAAGCUUGACCUGGUGUUUUUCACGGAUGCCAUGGUACAUCUGGUCAAAAUCUCCCGAGUGAUUAGAACAUCCAAAGGACACGCUUUGUUGGUUGGAGUGGGUGGUUCCGGAAAACAAUCGCUGACUCGUUUGGCUUCAUUUAUUGCCGGAUACAAAACGUUCCAAAUCACUUUGACCAGAUCAUACAACGUGAACGACCUGACAGAGGAUUUGAAAUAUCUCUAUCGAACGGCUGGUCAAAAAGGAUCAGGAAUAACCUUCAUUUUCACAGACAAUGAUAUCAAAGAUGAGGCAUUCUUGGAAUACCUGAACAACAUGCUAAGCUCAGGAGAGAUAGCCAAUUUAUUUGCCCGGGAUGAAAUGGAUGAAAUUCUGCAAGAAUUGGUAGCGCCCAUGAAAAAAGAAUUCCCCAGACGUCCAAUCACAAAUGAGACUUUGAGUGAAUACUAUACGAGCCGUGUUGUGAAGAACUUACAUAUUGUUCUGUGCUUCUCACCUGUUGGUCAAAAGUUCCGAAGUCGAAGUCUGAAAUUUCCGGGACUGAUUUCAGGUUGUACAAUGGACUGGUUCCAAAGAUGGCCCAGGGAUGCGUUGGUUGCGGUAUCCAAUCAUUUUUUGUCCCGUUUCGACAUAGUUUGCAAUCCGAUUGUGAAACAGGCUGUGGUUCAGACGAUGGGCGUGUUUCAGGACACAGUGGCGGAGGCGUGCAUCGAAUAUUUUCAACGGUUCCGUCGCCAAACACACGUUACCCCCAAGUCUUACCUGUCGUUCAUCAAUGGUUACAUGGAGAUUUAUGGGCAAAAGCGUAAAGAAAUCGAGCUGCUUUUUGAACGAAUGAACGGCGGUUUGAAAAAGUUGGUCGAGGCUACCGAAUCGGUGAAUGAAUUGAGUAAACAACUGGUAGAGAAAGAAAAGGAGUUGCAAGUGGCAAAUAGGAAAUCGGAAGAGGUUUUGGAAGAAGUCACGGUGAAGGCUACUGCGGCUCAAAAGGUGAAGGCCCAAGUUCAGUUGGUGAAAGACAAAGCUCAAACACUGGUGGAUGCAAUCAGUGUGGACAAAGCCAACUCCGAGGAAAAACUAGAAGCGGCUAAGCCGGCUCUGAUGGAGGCAGAGGCUGCUUUGGAGACCAUCAAACCUAUUCACAUCUCUACAGUCCGGAAGCUUGGAAAACCACCUCACUUGAUUAUGCGCAUAAUGGACUGCGUACUGUUGCUGUUUCAAAAACACAUGGAUCGAGUUGUUGCUGACCCCGAACAUGCUUGCCCGAAGCCGUCUUGGGGUGAGGCACUGAAGAUGAUGGGGGGUGCCAACUUCCUAAAUGGGCUAUUGAACUUCCCCAAAGUUGUUCUUAGUUGCAUCGUGUUGAUCUGUGUCGCGUCAGCCUCCGGUUGGUCGUAUGUAUCGUCUGGAGGGUGGGUCAACUUUGUGGCAGCCAUUACCCUUGUGUUUGCUGCCCUGUUCUACAUCUUCUAUUUGUUCAAUGAUUUAAUAAAUGAGGAAACCGUGGAACUGAUGGAGCCAUAUUUCCAAAUGGACGACUAUAAUAUGGAGCAGGCCAGACGCGUUUGUGGUGAUGUGGCUGGGCUGUGCUCUUGGACCAAAGCUAUGGCUUCGUUCUUUGCGGUGAACAAAGAAGUGCUACCCUUGAAGGCAAUGCUGGCCAGACAGGAAAACCGCCUAGCGGGAGCUAUGAAAGAACUCGCGGUUGCCCAAGGUCAGCUUGAUGAAAAACAGAGAGAGUUGAACAUUGUCCAGGCCGAAUACGAUCGAGCAAUGGCAGAUAAACAGCGUUUGAUGGACGAGGCAGAUGCUUGUCGACGUAAAAUGACCAAUGCCACAGCGCUGAUCGGUGGCCUGGCUGCUCAAUUCAUAUUCCUCUUCAUAUGCAAGUCAUUUCAUCCAUUCUGGCGUCAUCUGAUCAUUCUUUUAUGGCCUUCGUACCUAAUACGCUGGACGGAAGCGAGCAAACUGUUCACUGAACAAAUUAAUCGCCUCGUCGGGGAUGUUCUGCUUGCAACAGGAUUCUUGUCCUACACUGGACCGUUCAAUCAAGAAUUCCGUUCGCUCUUGACCAAACACUGGCGCAGGGAACUGGUACAAAAUAAAAUUCCGUUUUCUGAAGUGAGUUUCUUUUAUCUGCAAUUGGUUUAUAUGAUGAGAAUAGACAGUGAAGACCCAAGGUUUACGACUGCAUAUAUUCUCUCCAGCUCCACUGAGCUUCUGCGCUUCGUUCAUUUGUCUGUCUGCAUUUGGGAAAAGGAGAUCGUCCUAAACAACUGGAGAGAAUUGGUGAUAGUGGCUACUUUCAAAAAAGAGGCUCGCAGUGAAUGUGGUAAUCACAAGAGGAUCAGAUUGACCCCGGUCGUAAUGAGGCUGUUGGCAUCACUUUGCUUCGUCACCUUAUGGUGGCUCGUGGAUGUGAACUUCAUUACCAUGUUGGUAGACAACGCAACCCUUUCAGAAUGGAACGUGCAAGGACUUCCGACGGAUGAGUUGUCCGUUCAGAAUGGACUAGUUGUGACACGAGCCACACGCUAUCCCCUCCUGAUUGAUCCUCAAGGUCAGGGAAAGGCAUGGAUCAAGCGGAAAGAAGAAGCAAACGAAUUGCAGAUUACAUCAUUGAAUCACAAAUACUUCCGGACACAUUUGGAAGAUGCUUUGGCGCUGGGACGACCAUUGCUCAUUGAAGAUGUCGGCGAAGAGCUAGAUCCUGCAUUGGAUAACAUCUUGGAGAAGAAUUUUAUUAAAUCUGGAUCUGCCUUGAAAGUCAAAUUGGGAGAUAAGGAGUGUGAAGUUUUGAAGGGGUUCAGAUUGUACAUCACAACCAAACUGCCCAAUCCAGCCUAUACACCGGAAAUUUAUGCAAGGACGGCCGUAAUUGACUUUACCGUUACCAGACGUGGUUUGGAGGACCAGCUUCUGGGUUUGGUCAUCAUGACAGAGAAAAAGGAACUUGAAACGGAGCGAACCAAGCUUCUGGAGCAAGUUGCCGCCAAUCGAAGAAAAAUGAAGGAACUGGAGGAUAAUUUGUUGUAUCGCUUAACUACCACUGAAGGUAGUCUGGUUGAAGAUGAGUCACUGAUAGAAAUGCUUCAAAUCACCAAAGCAACCUCUGAAGAAGUUCAAGAAAAAUUGAAUGUGGCCGCGGAAACUGAGGUGAAGAUCAAUGCAGCCCGAGAGGAAUUUCGACCAGUCGCUGCUCGUGGCUCACUGCUUUACUUUUUGGUCGUGGAAAUGAGCAUGGUGAACGUGAUGUACCAAACAUCGCUGAGGCAAUUCUUGGGAUUGUUUGACCUAUCCAUGGCUAGAUCAGAGAAGUCUCCAAUAAACCAGAAGCGUAUUGCGAACAUAAUUGACUACUUGACAUUCCUUGUUUAUCGCUACACAGCCAGAGGUUUCUACGAACUGGACAAGUUUACCUUCACAGUGUUCCUUACACUCAAAAUCGCUAUGCACAGGGGAGAAGUGAACAAUGAGGAAUUCCAGAUUUUUAUCAAAGGUGGAGCAGCCUUGGAUCUGAACGCUGUCAAGCCGAAGCCAAAGAAAUGGAUACAGGAUAUGACUUGGUUGAAUCUGGUAGAGCUUAGCAAACUUCCCCAGUUCGCACAGCUGACUAAUCAGAUUUCUGCGGAUGAUAAGAAUUGGAAAUCGUGGUUCGAUUCAAACGCGCCAGAGGAAGCUUCAUUGCCAAACGGUUACGACCGUCUGACUACGUUUCAUCGUCUCCUACUUAUUCGUUCUUGGUGUCCAGAUCGAUGUCUUCCAAUGGCUAAACGGUAUACUGCUGAAGCACUGGGUCCCUCUUUUGCCGAAGGAGUCAUCACAAAUCUGGAAGAGAUGCUAGAAGAAGCAGAUGCCCGGACGCCAAUGAUUUGUUUUCUAUCAAUGGGAUCCGAUCCCACAGAUAACAUAGAACGUCUCGCAAAGAAAAUGGGAUUAAAGUGUGGAGCGAUUUCAAUGGGACAAGGCCAAGAAGUCCACGCCCGGCGCCUGUUGAGCUGCAGUAUGCAAGAGGGUCGUUGGAUUUUGCUACAAAAUUGUCACUUGGGUUUGAAUUUUAUGGAUGAACUUUUGGAAACCAUUACAACUUCGGAUGGUGUUCACGACGCGUUUCGCUGCUGGCUCACUACUGAAGUCAAUCCUCUAUUCCCGAUAAGCCUACUACAGUCCUCAAUCAAGUUCACUUACGACCCUCCGAUGGGCAUACGCGCUGGCCUGCGCCGCACCUACGCAACGCUCACACAAGACCAAUUAGAAAUAAGCAGUUUACCUCAGUGGAAGCCACUGCUGUAUGGAGUAGCAUUUCUGCAUACCACCGUACAAGAAAGACGCAAAUUCGGUCCAAUCGGAUGGAAUAUUCCAUAUGAGUUCAACCAGGCUGAUUUCACAUCAACUGUACAGUUUGUACAAAACCACCUGGAUGAGGUCGGUUCGAAAAAGCCUAUCUCUUGGCCGACAGUGCGUUACAUGAUUGGAGAGGUGCAGUACGGUGGCCGAGUGACUGAUGAUUACGACAAACGUCUUUUGAACACGUACGCGAAAGUCUGGUUCUCAGACGCCAUGUUCACUGACAAUUUUGAAUUCUACCGGGGAUACAACAUUCCGAAAUGUCGCACUCUAGAGGAGUACCAGGCAUAUAUUGAGGGUUUGCCGCUGUUUGACUCCCCUGAAUGCUUCGGAUUACACCCAAACGCUGAUAUUACGUAUUCGACAAACACCACAAAUUCCAUGUUAGACACGAUUGUCAGUAUCCAGCCAAAGGAUAGUGGAGGUGGAACAGGAGAGACUCGUGAAUCCAACGUUUACCGUCUGGCAAAUGAGAUUUUGGAGAAAGUCCCGGAAGAUUACAAUCCAUUUCAAGUCAAGGAAUGCUUAAUCAAAAUGGACCAUCUGAAGCCGUUACACAUAUUUUUGAAGCAGGAGAUUGACAGAAUGCAAAAAGUGAUCACAAUCGUAAGAACGACAUUGACGGAUUUGAAACUGGCAAUAGAUGGAACCAUCGUCAUGUCUGAGAACCUUCGGGAUGCCCUGGACAGUCUGUUCGAUGCACGUAUACCCAGCACAUGGAGAAAGAUUUCAUGGGAAUCCGCAACUUUGGGUUUCUGGUUUACAGACCUGCUGGACCGAAAUGCCCAAUUCAGUUCUUGGCUGUUCCAAGGUCGUCCGAUUAGUUAUUGGAUGACUGGAUUCUUCAACCCUCAGGGAUUCCUCACAGCGAUGCGUCAAGAAGUAGCCCGAGCGAACAAGUAUGCUCUUGACGAUGUGGAACUGACCAACGAAGUUACCAAACUAUUACGAGAAGAGGUUGUGAAACGCCCGGUUGAAGGAGUCUAUGUACAUGGUCUGUGGUUGGACGGUGCUGGCUGGGAUCGCAAGUUAGCAAGGCUUGUGGAACCCGCCCCUAAGCUGCUUUAUACAGCCCUUCCUGUGGUACAUGUGUCUGCCUACUCACGCUCUGCCGGGAACAAGAAUAAAGCAACAACAGUCUACAGCUGUCCAGUCUACAAGAAACCAAAGCGGACCGACUUGAAUUAUAUCUUCCCUCUGGCAUUAAACAGUUCGGUAGAUCCGGAUCAUUGGAUUCUUCGUGGGGUCGCUUUGCUAUGCGACGUCAAAUGAAAAGUAUUCACAAGCGAUCUUACAUAAUGAGAAAAGACAGAUUCGGUUACCCCUUCCUUUUAGUUGCAAUUGAAUUAUUCUUCUGAUGAGCAAGAUAGCUGAGAAACCUUCUGAAUGAGGAACGUGACGGUCAUCAUGUACUAGGAUUCGGCAGUUUACCAACAAACGUUUUGUAAAACCUAUGAAAAUUAUUGACAGACUGUU